AUUCUAAUUCUGCGCUGGCUGUUUUAACAGUUGUCUUUGUGCUGAUGAAGAAUGUGAGGUCGUGGAUAAAUAUGUGUAUUUUGGUUGCAUUAAAUAAACAGAUUAAUUAUUCUACUGCGGUAUUGUGAAUUUGAAUUAAAAACUAACGUAAUAUUUGAAAUAGUUUUUAUGUUUUUUCUAUUUUCAUCAUUUUUUUUCAUGAGCAUAUAAACUUGUGCCAAGUUUUUUAAAGGCUGAAAAAAACGUUGCUGCUCAGAUUCGCAUGCAGUCAUGGUGUUGAUCCUGGGACGACGGCUGAACCGGGAGGAUUCCGGUGUCCGCGACUCACCGGCGGUGAAGCGCAAAGUGCUGGAGAUGGAUCCCAAGGCGCUGUCGAGCCACGACAUCUUCGACUUCUCCUCGGGUCCCACGCACGCCGAUGGCAUACUGCAGGUGUUCAACGAGUUCCGUGACGACCGUCUCUUCACCGAUGUGGUCAUCUGUGUCGAGGGUCGCGAGUUCCCGUGCCACCGCGCCGUGCUCUCCGCCUGCAGCGCCUACUUUCGGGCCAUGUUCUGCAACGACCAUCGUGAGAGCCGCGAGAUGCUGGUGGAGAUCAACGGCAUCCGUGCCGAAGCCAUGGACAGCUUCCUGCAGUUCGUCUACACAGGCAAGGCACGUAUCACCACCGAGAAUGUCCAGUUCCUCUUUGAGACCUCCAGCCUCUUCCAGAUCGGGACUCUGCGCGACGCCUGCGCCAAGUUCCUCGAGGACCAGCUGGACCCGUGCAAUUGCCUGGGUAUCCAGUGCUUCGCCGAUGCCCACUCCCUCAAGCAGCUGGCAAGCCGCUGCCGUACCUACGCCCUGCAGAACUUCACCGAGGUGGCCCAGCACGAGGAGUUCUUGGACCUCCGUCAGGAGGAGCUGGAGGAGUACAUCGGCAGCGACGACUUGGUGGUGGGAAAGGAGGAGAUGGCGUUCGAGGCAGUCAUGCGCUGGGUGUACCACGAUGUCGACCAGCGGAGGCCUGCGCUCUGCGAGCUGCUGCAGCAUGUCCGCAUGCCGCUGCUGCACCCCAACUACUUCGUGCAGACGGUGGAGGGUGACCAACUCAUCCAGAAUGCCCCCGAGUGCUACCAGCUGCUGCAUGAGGCCCGGCGAUACCAUGUGCUGGGUAACGAGAUGAUGUCUCCCCGGACCCGGCCACGCAGGUCCACAGGCUUCUCGGAGGUCAUCGUGGUGGUGGGCGGCUGCGAGAGGGUGGGGGGAUUUAACCUGCCCUACACGGAAUGUUAUGACCCCGUCACCGGAGAGUGGAAGUCACUGGCCAAGCUGCCCGAGUUCACCAAGUCCGAAUACGCUGUGUGUGCGCUGCGCAACGACAUUCUGGUGUCGGGGGGCCGGAUCAACAGCCGGGACGUCUGGAUGUACAACUCGCAGCUGAACCUGUGGAUUCGCGUCGCCUCCCUCAACAAGGGCCGCUGGCGACACAAGAUGGCGGUGCUGCUGGGCAAGGUGUACGCGGUGGGGGGCUACGACGGACAGAGCCGCCUGAGCAGCGUGGAGUGCUACGACUCCUUCUCUAACCGCUGGACCGAGGUGGCCCCCAUGAAGGAGGCGGUGAGCUCCCCGGCAGUGGCUAGCUGCGCCGGGAAGCUGUUCGUGAUUGGCGGGGGGCCGGAUGACACCACCUGCUCCGACAAGGUCCAGUGCUACGACCCCGAGUCGAAUUCCUGGCUCCUGAGGGCCAACAUCCCCAUAGCCAGACGCUGCAUCACUGCUGUGUCCCUCAACAACCUCAUCUACGUGUCUGGGGGCCUCACCAAGUCUAUUUUCUGCUAUGACCCCAGUGAGGACUACUGGAUGCAUGUGGUCCACACCUUCAGCAAGCAGGAGAGCUGCGGGAUGUCCGUGUGCAACGGAAAGAUCUUCAUCCUGGGAGGUCGCGGGGAGAACGGGGAGGCCUCGGACACGGUGCAGUGUUACGACCCCUCCACGGGAAUCAUCACCGGCGUGGCUGCCAUGCCGCGUCCGAUCUCUUACCACGGCUGUGUCACCAUCCACCGCUACAACGACAAGUUCCCUCGCACAUGAAUGUGGGAGACCCAGAACAGGGACCGCCCCACCCUUCCGUCCCUCUCCCCCAAUUGCCCUGACCCUGGGAAGACAAUCUGAGCCAAUCACAGUGUAGCAUUUUUUUUAGCGCUUUGGUUCCACCCCUGAUCACAGGGCAUAGAAUUUGUUCCACUCACUUAGACAGAGAACAUUCAUUAUGGCCCCGAUUACAUCACUCAUUGUUUUGGAAUUGGAUCAGUGGGCAUGUCUGGUAUUGAAGGCACAUCUUGAUGUCACUUUCUGAAUUUUUAUUUCUUAGUUUCCCGAAUAUUCAACCCAGACCGAUUUUUGCUGUAAAUGGAACAUUCCUGUUAGUUUGCAGAAUGUGAAAGUAAACACGAGGAAAUUGAUUUGUAAACUUCAUGUAGCCUUAUCUUCUGCUUCCUAACCUGGAACACACGUCUAGCCUUUAAAGAUAUCGUCUUACUGUAUGUAGAAUAUUUUCUAGCAUAUUUAAAAGGAAUAAGUCAGCAGAACAAUGAGAAGAUAUGUGACAAAAAUGAGUGCAGAUGUUUGGAUGUUAUAACUGUACUGCUAGCGUAGGGGCCUGCUCCCGUAGCUAGGCCAGCCUGCAAGUCCCCCCCACCCCCCCGACCUCUCUGCCUCCCACAUCUUGGUGAUCUUAUGCUAUGUUACACAUUGGAAAUUGCAAAAUGUUAAAUAGGACAAAAUGCAUAGGAAGGCGACCCCCCCACUCCCCCAUUCCAGGCUUGAUAGACGCACACGACCCCCCCGUGUUUAUGCCCUGUGAUCAUGGACCUCACGGUCACUUUUUUUCCUACCAUCUUUUAUGUGUGUGAUGUGCAUUUUAUACCCUUUCGUGGGACGGUUAAGCCUCCCCUGUGUGACCAUUGAUUUUACUUUAUGCGUUAUUUCAUAUGACCUUUUUAUAUCAUUUUAGUCAUAUUUGUGCCUUUUCCUUAUUUGUAAAGAUACUUUUUUUUUGUUUUACUUCCGGGUUUCAUUUAGUGUUUGACUUUGUAGAAGAAGUGGUGUGAUUGAGUACCAUUGGUUGGGUCGUGCAGCUGCACUUUGUAGCUGUUGAGUGUGGUCAUGUAUGGAAAUUGGGGUGUCUUGUUUAUUUUUAUUUUCUGCAUGCAGAAGCUCAGGAGGAACAGGAAGCAUGACCGGUAGGCCGUUCUGCGGCAGAAGGGCAUGAUGGGUAAUUUUUUUUAAGUGAAUGGAUUUGUAUCAGGUAUGAAGCAGGCUCUGGAUUCUCCAUACCUCAUGGAACACCUGUGAAAGGUUCCUCUUUCUCCUAUAAGGAGAUACGAGUUCCAUUUCCACCUAUUUUAGGCGUCACGGCCGUGGUGCCUUUCUGUUUGGGUAACAGGAGCUUCAGGGAACCGAGGAAACCUCCGGCGAGCGGAGUGAGUGAGAGCCCCACUUCAGUCAGGCAGCGCCACCUUCUGCGUUGGGGGUGGAACUACGACCUGAUUUAUGAAUGGCGGGGCUGCGUGAGAUUUGAUAAAAUGUUGAACCCUUGGUCAGUAAGCAUGGAUUUCUCUUGACGUCUGUUGUGUGGUUGUCCUGUGAAUUAACAUGGUUGGCAAGCUAUAUUUAUAAGUAUUCUCUCCAUAGAGUGAUAAUGUGCCUUUUCUAUGCAUCAUUUUGUUUGUUUUUGUCGUUUUUUUAUUGAUUAAGAGCCCCAAUCAUGCACUUUUUUCUUCUAUAUUUUUUAUCAAAAUGUACAUAUUUAAUUCUUGUUGUUGUUAUUAUUAUUAUUGUUAUUGUUGUUGCAGCUGUAGCAGUGUUCCUUAUCGCAUUACACUAUGCUUGUUAAGUGUUUCUUGCUAGCUGAUUGGCCACGUCACUGGUGAGUGUCAUGGUUGAACACGGAGGUGGACGGUGUCUUUGCCUCACUGAUGGCAGAUGUGUUUUUGGGUAAUAACAAGCAGGGGCCAGGAGCUUUUAACCGGCGUUAAGUGUCAGAAAGGCUGGCUUCACUGGAAUAUUACAAGUGGGCUGUGGAGGACUGUUGUAAUGUUGCAUGUCCUUUGCUAAAGCCUUUGAGUCGAUUGGUAUCCGUUUCGUAAGUAGUCAGUAAUGCGGCCUUGUUGGUCUACUUGACAUGCUUGACAGUGGUAUAGAGACCCCCCCCCCGAUUGCUACUUAAUUAUUGCAUGUAACUGAGUGCCUUGGAUAUUUGUGUUUCUUUCUUUAUUUGUUGCCCUUGGUGAGACUGAGUGGGUGGUCUGGUUUGAGAAAUCUCUAUCGAGGGAGAUGAGGGAGAACAGUGGUCAUGUACUCGAAUCCACCCACGGUCCACCUACGCCCUCCUACUGUUUGCGGGGUAAUGUCAAGAUCCAUCGUCGCUCUGUUACUUUGCCCACAGUUGUCUCUUCUCAUAUCUGGAAGAGAUAUUUCCAAAGAGUUCUAUGCUCUGUUCAAUUUACUUAACCUGUCAGACAGUUAUAUCUUUCUGUUUCCACCUGUGAGUAAUGCUGAUUCCGUAUAUUUAAAAAAAAAAAAAGUAUGACUUUGAUUUAUAUACUGUAUGUGUGUGGUUGAUUUUCAUUAUACUCCCAGAAAUAUAGAGACACGUUAUGUAUAUCGAUUCUGUUAUUAUACAUCAGAAAACAGCCUUUUCAAGAAUUGCAUUAAGGUAAUUAUCUGAUUGCAGAAUGGAAAAUAGUAAGGGAACAAACUAAGCUUUUCCCCGGAAAGGAAUGCUGGCAUGUAAUAGUGCAGGGGCAGUGAGGUUCUGGGAUUUCAAGGAAUUCCAUAAUAGAACCUUUAAAAGACCUGUUGAUAGAACAGGCAAACUGUUACUAGCUUAUCAGAUUAGAGAGCUACAUUCUGAUGUAGGUUCAUUAUUCCAAUUUUAACAAAGAAUUGUUUCAAUAGGUUUAAUUCAGAGGUGGCUAUACAUAGCCUCUGUUUUUAAAUAACUUUAUGCCUUAAUAUACCAGUACACAGUGGUUGUAUUGCUGUAUGUAUGCGGUAAACUUGUCUUUCCUGAUCUUUCUACCUUUUUGAGGACAAAAGUCUUUGUAUGAAUAUUAAUUUCUUUAAUAAACUUUUUAUACAAAUAAA